CUUUCGGUCGGAGAAGCUCCGCCGUGGCGUUGCCUUUUAGAGAGGGGGAUGGGGGAAGAGUUGUUUUGUGUUGCAUUCCUGCAGUGUGUGUGACCUUUGACCCCGUUGUUAUGCUCUCGCCUCCUUGCAUUCCAAAGUGAGGAUUUCCUGCAGUAUGCCACAAGCGUCUGUAGCUGCUGGGGCUAGUCUCUGCGCCCUGUGCCUCUUUACUAUCUAGCAUUACAAAGAGGAGCCGACGAGGAGCGACGGGCACGUUAAUGCGCUACGGAAGCGCCUUUUGAACACACGACGAAGGAGGACACGCAUUUUUUUUGUUCCGUGCGAGCGGAAAAGGGAGGCGAAAGAAGACAGGGGGUAUUAGCCUGUAGGCGCUCUCUGAAUUGCGCAGCUUUAUCGUAAACAGGUUCCGAGACAGAAGAGAGAGGGGGAAAAGAGCGAAGGAAAUGAAGGACAAACAGAAGAGAAAGAAGGAGCGCACGUGGGCCGAGGCAGCGCGCAUGGUGUUGGAGAAUUUUUCAGACGCCCCCAUGACACCCAAACAGAUACUGCAUGUCAUUCAGACCAAGGGCCUCAAGGAAAUGCGGAGCGGCACGGCCCCCCUGGCCUGCCUGGUGACCAUGUUGCACUCCCAGGUCCGUGGCGACAGAGUCAAAAACAGCAUCUUCUUCAAGCUGCCUGGACGAAUGAGCCUAUUCACACUCAAGAAGAACGCCCUCCAGUGGACAAAAGGGCCGGCUGGACCAGAACCCGUGGAGGCGCCAGCAGCGGGAGCGGGAACAGCUGCAGGGGCGGGGGAAGCUGCCGAGCAGGAGAGCUGCGACUCCACGGAAACGGCAGGGGCCAGCGGGGAGAAUGAUGCCUCCGUAGACGAGACAUCCUCCAGCGCCUCCUGCUCCACGGAGCCGCAGCCCCGGCUGAGCCGCUCCUCACAGUCUGGUAGACAGAGGAAGAAAUCUGUGAUGAUGCCACGAGUCGUCCUCACGCCCCUUAAAGUCAACGGUGAACACGUCCCACCAGGGCCCAUGAAGAGAAGCCGAGGAGUGGAGGUGGACUUCGAGACACCUGGCUCUAUCCUCGUGAACACCAACAUCCGCGCCCUAAUCAACACGCGCACUUUCGCUGCCUUCCCCCCCCACUCCCAGCAGCAGUUGCUCCAGCUCCUGCCGGAAGUGGACCGCCAGGUUGGAGCUGAUGGCAUGGCUCGUCUCAGCAGCUCAGCGCUCAACAACGAAUUUUUUACCCAUGCCUCUCAGAGCUGGAAGGAGCGGCUGGCUGAAGGCGAGUUCACGCAUGAGAUGCAAGCUCGCUUCCGACAAGAGAUGGAGAAGGAGAAGAAGGUGGAGGCCUGGAAGGAGAAGUUUUUUGAGGAAUACCAUGGCCAGAAGUCCGGCCUCACGAGGGAGGAGUCCCUCAAACUGACGAUGGACGAUGGGGGGGCUGUGGCAGACGCUGGUCUCGACAGUGAGACGGCUGCGGUUACUGUGGCACCCAAACGGCGAAGUGUUGGUAGGAGGCGGCGGGAUGGGCGCAUGCGGCGGCGCUCGCGAGCCGACCUGCGGCGGCGUGCCAGAAGGCCCAUGUGCAAGGCAGUGACGGCGGCGGCGGCAGCUGGGGCACCCGACAAGCUGGUAGCCUCCGAUGUCUCCACUGCCACGCCCACCCCCUCUACCACGUCUGAUGUCUCAGAGGCUGCGGCAAGCCAAGCGGAGGCCACGCCCCCAACAGACUCUGGUGCAGAACCCCACGAGGUCCCAGACCCCAUCCCAGCCUCUUCCCUCACAGCCACGGCCCCUGAACCCGAGCCCGAAGUAUCAGCCCGGCUGCUUCCUGAGGCGACAGAGGUCUCUGUCGUCCCCUCCUCCUCUUCUGACUCUUCGUCCCCCUCAUCGUCAUCCUCGCCCUCCUCGUCGUCCGAGAGGCGAGGGUCAUUCACCACCAGCUCGGACGUCCCCACCGCUACCAGCCCACUGGACCUCGGGACCCCCAGUGCAGGUGGCGAUGCCUCGGCGGGCCCCAGCCGGGACAGCAGCCCUGUCUCCAGCCCUGCUGUGCCGGUUAAGGAGCAGAAGAGGAGGGCAGAGGAGCCCCAGGCCCACAGCAGCUUCUCCGAGAAGAGGCCGCGUCUCGAUGACCGUCAGUCCUUUCGUAACACAAUUGACUGUGUUCACUCCGAGAAGCCCCAGCCCACAGCGGAAGAACCCAAGGUCCCACCUAUCCGGAUUCAGCUCUCCCGAAUCAAACCGCCCUGGGUUAAGGGUCCGCCAACCUACCAGAUCUGCCACCGCAUCGUGCCCCCUGGGGAGGCCUCCCGGCGCACGGGCACCGGCGCCCGCACCCUGGCUGACAUCAAGGCCCGCGCCCAGCAGGCCCGUGCCCAGCGUGAGGCCGCUGCUGCUGUUGCAGCCACUGGCGAUGGGGCGGGGCCGGGCGGGGGCGGCCCGGGGGGCGGUCCUGGAGUACCGGAUCGCGCGGGUACCGGUCGGAGGGCCCGAGAGCACCCGGGCCCCAUCGAGCCGGGAGGAGGAGGGGGGCCCUCGGAGGAGCCGGGAGUGGUUACGCUCCCUCAUCCUACAGGAGCACAACUACAGCUGCCUGACGUAGAGCUGACCCAGCCUUUCUCGCAGCUGUAUCCGGAACCACAGCUCGACACGCACUGCGGUCACACACACUCACCAGCAGAGGGCACCCCCGAGGCAUGCUUGGAAGAGGAAGCCGGCUCUGUGGAGGGCAGCCCCUCGACACAGACUCCUGAUGUUCGGACACCGUCUGUCAUGGGACUGGGGGCAGGCGACUACUCGAAAGAACAGGGCCGAGGUGGUGCGGUGAAUGAAGACCAGAAGGCGGGAUGCGAUGUCAGUCUAGUGACCAGCAUCAAUGAGGUUACUGUUCUGGCCCCCACCUCCAUCCCUGACACGCUGCCCAGGUUUGGGAGUCGAGGCAUGGAGGCCAUACGGACUCUGUCCCCGGGCCAUGUCCAAGAAGGUGAGCAGAGUGGGGAGCAUCAGCAGCUUAUCUCUGGAGCUCACAGUGUGGACACAGUUACAGUAAUGGGCUGGAAUCAGCAGAACCCUGGGCCUAGAGGGUCUGAGGAGGCACCCGAGCCACAUAGUACUGGGAGGACUGAGGAUGAAGAGGAAGGAACACUGCGGGCGCCCAACCUAGCGGCGGCGGCAGUUUCGGAUCCGCACCCCGACUGCAGGACCGGCCCGUGUGUCAGCCCAGAGCCACAGCUCCCUGCUGGCACCGAAGAUGACACGGGGGCCCACAGUGACUCGACUGAGACUGCCUCGGACAUUGAGAACGAGGUGAAUGAGGAGGACUCUGACUGGUGCGUGCCAUCCAACCCAAAGAAUGUCCAGGACCGGGCCCAUCUUCUGGAUGCCACUGGUGACCAGCUAUCUAACUGGGUCCAUCCUGCAAAUGCUGCUCAUGGCCAGCCGGCCGCUCCAUCCCGUCAACUGAGCACUCCUCCCCGACACACUGCCAUCCUGCCUCGAAGCCAGCACGACCCCUUGUAUCUCCAUAACUCAGAGAUGAUUCCUACUAACCUUCAAGCGGAGAGCAACCAGAGCUUUCCCGCAGCUCCCAAGGCCGGCGGUGAUGUUGAUCCUUGGGGACGGACAGACUCGGAUGAGUCCAAGACCCUUGGGAAGGCGCCUGUCUCUGUCAGUGAGAACUGCAAGGUGUCGCUGAAGCUAGCUGGCACUGCUAGCGCCCCUAGAAAAGCCAUUGGUUCAGCCCGGCCAGUAUCCUCAGUAGAGGCUAACAACCCGCUGGUCACCCAGUUGUUACAGGGCAGCCUGCCCCUGGAGAAGGUCCUACCCCAGUCCCACUCCACUAGCAAGCUAGAAAUCAACCGCCUCCCGGCCGGGCCAACUGCACCUUCAGCCCACCUCCAAGGUUCCUGCAAGGUGGAGCCAAGCCGGCAACACAGUGGACCCACCAGAACCCCAGCUGUCCGGUCUAGGUGUCCGUCUACAGGUCCCUCAGACUCCCGCGUUCUGGGAACCUUGCCAGAGUCGUUUACUCAGAGUCACCUCAAGGUUCCGACGGCCUGUGCCUCUCCCGGAAAGGGGCGGAGCUUUGGCACAGCUGCACCCCUGCCAAAGGCGCGGCAAUUGCAAGACCAGCAGCUCAGCCGGGUGGGGACAGUGCCUGUCAUUACGGCCCUGUCCUGCAUGCGUGCUUCAGACUUUAACCAGAGCACCCCCUUCGAACCAACUGCAGUCAAAGAACACCCCGGACCUCAGCCGCCACUGGGUGGCGCUCUCGAGAGACCUGUGGGAGGCGCUGGGCCCCAGGCCCACUGCAGAACUGUGGCUGAGACCCCAUCUCCGCCCCACGGCGACCUCUGCCCCUCUGAGGUUGUGCCCACCGUUAAAAUCGACUGGCGGCCCAAGCUGGACCCCCAAUUGUCACCGGCGCCGGCGCCCACAGUGAAGAACGAGGCCGUCCGUCCCUCGUGCCAGGCCCUUGCGAAAAACUCCAUGUCAACUGUAACCAAAAACGAGCCGCUGGCUAACGCUUACCUCGGCGGCGGGGCCAUGGAGGGACUGCUCAACAUGGAGAUGUCCCUCGUACGAAUGGCCAAGAAGGAGCAGGGCAAGGUGUACGGUCGGCCGGCAGACUCCUCGCCCUCUGCGCUCCCCUUCCAGGUUAGCCUGCAGCAACAGCUGUACGGAAAGCUGCCCAAACUGCAGCCCGGUGGCAGUGGCAGCUUCAGCUACACGGCCAAUGUGUCCGUGGUGGACAGCAGCGGAUUCCCACGCAACAUCACCGACAGCGUACUGCAGCUGCGGCAGCGUGCUGGGCCAGGCUCCGCCCCCAGCAUCCUGGCCUUCGCUGAUGGCACAGCUGAGGAGGUGGCACUCAAGUGCUCCUGCAGGCUCAAGGCAAUGAUCAUGUGCCAGGGCUGCGGGGCCUUCUGCCACGACGACUGCAUCGGGCCCUCGAAACUCUGUGUGUCCUGCCUGGUGGUGAGAUAGUACCCUUUGCCAUGUGGCGCCCCCUGGGUGGGGCGCCGGGGCCAGGGAAUUGCGUCUUGUAUGAUAAAAAUCUCGUCUGUAUUUUUGUUGCAUAUUUUUUUUCUAAUGCUGUUAUAAUAAUUAUGGUUGUUGUCGUUGUUGAUAUUAUUAUUGUUAUUAUUAUUAUUAUUGUUAUUAUUAUGAUUAAGUGAAUUUAUGGGGCAUGGUUGCUUGUAAAUCGUGCCUUUUUUGUUCCUUUUCACAAUAACAUUUACCUCAUCUCCUCUGACAUCAUAAGUUCUGUGUCACAAUCCUGACGUCCCCCCAGUUCAUUCUCGGUGUACUUCGGGGAGGGGACAGAGCUGAUCUGUAUGUCUGUGUCGCAAAGAAAUAUUUUUUUAAUCAUUAAACAAGUGAAUUACAUUUUUUUUUAAACUUCUAAGUUCUUUCAUUUGUCUUUUCUUUUGAAGCCAAGUCUGUAUUGGGCAGUAAAGCACAGUAUUCCAAUAAAGCUGGCACUGAGUCCGUGCAUUCAAAUCAGUAUA